AUGAAUCAAAAGCCUCAAACUAAUGUAGAAAACCCAGAAAACGAAAACGACAAUUCCAACAACCCUCGGGCAAAUCAAACAAAUAUUGAAAUGAUUCAAGUCAACUCGCAGAAUAACCAAACUUUCAAGAGUAAAACAUCUCCCCAGAAUAAAAACAGUUAUUCUCAGGAUCAUACAUUCAGUCCAAUAACCGUUAAGAAAUCAAUCAAAGAAAUUCAAAGAGUGCGAGUUUGGAACAGUUUUAAAGCAGUAGUUUCUGGAUUUUUAGGAAAUAAUAAAGCUGAAAACUACGAAAAGUUGGUUGAGGAUACGCUUACAAAUUUUAAGGCCAUGGGCUGCAGGAUGUCAUUAAAAGUACAUAUGCUGCAUGCUCAUUUGGAUAAAUUUAAAAACAAUAUGGGAGCCUAUUCCGAAGAGCAAGGAGAACGUUUCCAUCAGGACAUCAUGAAUUUUGAACAACGCUAUCAAGGCCAAUACAAUGAAAACAUGAUGGGCGACUAUAUUUGGGGUUUAUUGAGAGAAAGUAGCUAUGAACAUAAAAGAAAAAGUAAAAGUGUGCACUUUUAAGUUAUUUUCCACUUUUCUGUAAGCUAAUUUGAUAGUAAAACUUAAUAAAAAUAAUAAACAUUUUUAUUUCAAUAGUUUUAUUUUCAAUCAAAAAUUAAAAUCCGAGAUUUUUUAAAAUUUCGUUCAAUCAGUCUUCUAAGCACAAAAGCAAAGUUUUUCAUGCCAUAUAUUUUUUUCCGUCUUAUUACGACCUAAACUACCGAAAUUUAAUGCUUUGCAAUCAAAGUCAAAUUUCAUGUUGACCCGUGUAAUCAACAGCCCUCUCAUAUAUGGGAUGCUACCCUCGGAUGCCUUUGCAACGUAGCAAUCCGGAGCUGCACAUCCGUGAGGUUCGCCAUAGCGGUAGAUAUCAGUGGCAUAAAAAAUAGCAGGGAGUCAUGGUGCAGUACUGAGAGAAUCACGGGUGUGG